UGCCCGGUCCCGGGGGUCCAAGGUCGGUGUGGGCCUGACCCAGUGCUUGCGGCUGCAGCAGCGCCUUCCCCGCUCACCCCCCGAGCGGCCCCGCUGUGCUCGCUGGGCCCUGAACUCCUGCCCGGGAUGGGGCCGUGGCUGUGGCUGUGGCUGGUGGCGGUGCUGGCGGGGCUGUUGUGGCUGCGGCGCUGGCACCGGGAGCGUCAGACGGUGCCCGGCCUCUCGGAGAAGUUCGUGCUGAUCACGGGCUGCGACUCGGGCUUCGGCAGCCUGCUGGCACGGCAGCUGGACGCGCGGGGGCUGCGGGUGCUGGCGGGCUGCCUGACGGAGCCGGGGGCCGCCAAGCUGCGGGCAGCCACCUCGCAGCGCCUGCAGACCGUCCUCCUGGACGUCACCUCCAGCGCCAGCAUCGCCGCCGCCACCGCCUGGGUGCGGGAGCGCGUGGGUGACCGAGGGCUCUGGGGGCUGGUGAACAACGCCGGGAUCUUCCACCCGGUUGGCCCCAACGAGUGGCUGAGCAAGGACGACUUCGUCAAGGUGCUGGAUGUCAACCUGGUCGGCCUCAUCGAGGUGACGCUGAGCUUCCUGCCCCUGGUGCGCAGAGCCCGGGGCCGCGUGGUCAACGUGGCCAGCAUGGUGGGGCGCAUCGCCCUGGUGGGAGGGGGGUACUGCCCCUCCAAGUACGGCGUGGAGGCCUUCUCCGACAGCCUCAGGCGCGAGCUCCUGGAUUUCGGGGUGAAGGUGUCCAUCAUUGAGCCUGGCUGCUUCGGGACCAACAUCCUGGACUCUGCCGAGGCGAAGCAGAGCAUCGUGCGGGCGUGGGACCGCGCGCCCAGCGAGGUCAAGCAGGAGUACGGGCAGCAGUACUUCCAGGCCUACAACAGCAAUUUUCAGCGUUUCAUCACCACAGCCAACCCCAAGCUCUCCCUCGUCACCAACGCCAUGGAGCACGCGCUGACGGCCGAGUACCCGCGCACUCGCUACGGGUGCGGGCUGGACGCCAGGCUCUUCUACAUCCCCCUGUCCUACCUGCCCAGCGCCUGGGCUGACCGCCUGCUCGCCACCAGGAGCACCUAGCAGUGCGCUAAGGGCACAGCCGGUGCCCGGCACGGUGCUGCUCGUGGCCCCCCCCGGUAUCAGGCGUGUGCCCCGGGCCCCGCUGGCUCCAGUCGGUUGUUGACGGUUGCACCCAUUUCAUAGAAAGCAACACUGCCCCGAG